AUGCCUUGGCAUUAUCAUUUAACUAGUGCGUUAGAAGAUUAUUAUCUUGGUCUUGCUAAGGAAAGUGUGAUUUCAUGUUUACAUGAAAAUCAAACAGUAAAAGGUGCAACAACAUCUGUAUGUAUAGAAGAAAUUGCUUUAACUGAUUUGACUGAUCUUGCAACAAGUUCUCGAGACGACGCUCGUGAAGCAUCUUCUGUACCUCAAACUAUGUCUCUUGUUAAUCCAUUAAAUAGUGUCCAUAUUUAUAUCGUCAAACAAAAAAGACAAGCUUUUUUUUGUUUAAUGUUUUAA